UAAGAGGGGUCAUGACCCGAGUAUGGAUCCCUCUGCCGAUUUUACAAAUAUGAGGAGGGAUCCUUGUUCUCAUGCUUCCUCUUCUCCUUGGCGGGACAUGAGUACUUCUAAGUAGUUAAAGCGUCUUCCGUUUGGAUAGUAGUUACAUCGGAGAACGCGCCGUUUCUUAAAGUGAAAUUUUUAUGCUGCCCAGACUCGCCGACUGCCAUUGUCUGUGGGAGCACUGCACUAUCAUUUGGCAACAGGCAACGGGGACUUGGCCUGUGUGAUGGUUGCUCUCUACCGCAAGCUCUCCACCAUCGCUCUCCCUAACGUUUUCCUUCAAAAGCAAGGAUACCCACAAAUACAACCAACGCAAAUUUUCGUACCUUUCUCUCAGCUUCAGCGAAGAAGGCUUCUAGAGGCGCGGCUCGUCUCUGUUCUCCAUGGCUGCACCAACCUCGUCCUAAUCAAACAAGUCCACGCCCACAUCCUCCGCAAGGGCCUGGACCAAUGUUGCUACGUUCUAGCCAAGCUUAUACGCAUGCUUGGUCAACUCGACGUCCCGGUUCACUCCUACCCUCGCCUUGUCUUCCAACAGGUCAACCACCCAAACCCCUUCCUCUGGACUGCUCUCAUUCGUGGGUACGCUGUUCAAGGACCAUUUUCCGAGUCUGUUGUUUUGUAUAAUCGUAUGAGAAGGGAGGGUACUGGGCCUGUGUCGUUCACUUUCUCUGCGCUUUUUAAGGCUUGUGGUGCAGUGCUUGACGUGGAUUUAGGGCGGCAGAUUCAUGCGCAGACGAUUUUGAUUGGUGGGUUUGCUUCUGAUUUGUAUGUUGGCAAUACUAUGAUUGAUAUGUAUGUGAAAUGCGGGCUUUUGGAUUGUGGGCGCAAAGUGUUUGACGAAAUGGCUGAGAGGGAUGUGGUUUCUUGGACUGAGUUGAUUGUUGCAUAUGCGAAGAGUGGGGAUAUGGAGUCGGCGGGGGAAUUGUUUCAUGAGUUGCCUGUGAAGGAUAUGGUGGCAUGGACUGCGAUGGUCACGGGCUAUGCUCAGAACGCUAGGCCAAAGGAGGCGUUAGAGUUCUUCGAGAGAAUGCAAGAUGCAGGUAUGGAGACCGAUGACGUUACAUUGGUGGGCAUCAUUUCAGCUUGUGCACAACUAGGUGCGGAUAAGUAUGCGAAUUGGGUUCGGGAUAUAGCCGAGAAAUAUGGAUUUGGGCCGGCUGGUAAUGUUGUUGUGGGAUCCGCAUUGAUAGAUAUGUACUCAAAGUGUGGGAGCAUAGAGGAAGCAUGUAAGAUUUUUGAAGGAAUGAAGGAAAGGAAUGUUUUUUCUUAUAGUUCAAUGAUUUUGGGGUUUGCCAUGCAUGGUCGUGCUCAUGCAGCAAUGCAGUUGUUUCAUGAGAUGUUGAAGACUGAGACAAGACCCAACAGGGUCACUUUUGUAGGGGUGCUUACAGCGUGCAGCCAUGCAGGUUUAGUUGAACAAGGUCGGCAAUUAUUUGCAACCAUGGAAAAAUGUUUUAGUGUUGCUCCAUCGGCGGAUCACUAUGCUUGCAUGGUAGAUAUGCUUGGUCGAGCUGGACGUUUGGAAGAAGCACUUCAGCUCGCUGAAGCAAUGCCAAUGGAGCCCAAUGGAGGUGUGUGGGGUGCGCUGCUUGGAGCAUGCCGCAUCCAUAAGAAUCCUGAAAUUGCUCAGAUUGCUGCUAACCAUCUCUUUCGGCUAGAACCUAACGGUAUUGGAAACUACAUCUUGCUCUCUAACACAUAUGCAUUGGCUGGAAGGUGGGAUGAUGUUUCAAGGUUGAGGAAGUUGAUGAGAGAAAAAGGCUUAAAAAAGAAUCCAGGGUGUAGCUGGGUUGAAGCACAAAAGGGGGUAAUUCAUGAGUUCUAUGCAGGUGAGAUGACCCAUCCAGAAUCCAUUAAGAUUAAGGAGGCAUUGGAGGAUCUUCUGGACAGAUUAAAGGCUCAUGGGUACCAGCCAAUCCUAAGUUCUGUCACUUAUGAUAUAAGUGAUGAAGAGAAGAAGCGUAUACUAAUGCAUCAUAGUGAGAAGCUAGCCUUGGCAUAUGGGCUGCUCAGUACAGAUGCUGGUUGCACCAUUAAGAUCAUGAAGAACAUCAGGAUAUGUGAGGAUUGCCAUGCGUUCAUGUGUAGUGCAUCUCAAGUCAUGGAGAGGGAGAUUGUUGUAAGGGAUAACAUGAGAUUUCACCACUUCCAUGAUGGGGCAUGUUCUUGUGGUAAUUUUUGGUGAUCAAUGUUGGAGUCUAAACAACGAUGAAGGUGUAAUAGCAACCCUUUACAAUCCUUUAAAUAUGUGGAGGAUUGGUGAUGCAAGCCAGUUUUCGAGAGCAGGCCCGACAUAAUAAAAAGGUCAUAUCUUGAGAUUCAAUAUUUGAUGAAGACAAUUUUGGUAUGGUUGGAAAGCUUAUUCAAAGCGCUAGAAAGUUGUAUUUUAUGAAGAUUUUUCAAUUCCAAGGUUUAUUUGGUCAAAGCGGGUUGUUAAGUGAAAUACAAAAACAAUACCCAAGAGGCUUGAUCGAUGCCCGUUCGAUUUACUACAACCUGAGACGUUUGGCCGCUAGCUGAUCAAAGCUUCUUCGACCGAAGACUUCAUUGCAAAGUUUCGUUUGAACGAGACUUUUGUCCGUUCGAACACGAUUCAACAGUUUCGUUUUAUUUCGCAUUCAUAGUAGGUUUUGGACUUGUUUUCUUAUAUAAAUUCACUUAGGAC